AUGUCGAAAGCACCUCCCAUGGCCUCUGAGGUCGAUAUCUUGAAAAGCAAGGCUGCCAAUAAGAAAGGUGCCGGUUCCGACAGCGUUGAGACAACUUGGCCCAAAGUGGAAUUCGGUGCGAGCACCGAGAUUGAUAACAUCACCAAAGAAACAAAGACGAGAGCCGAGUACAUAGUCCCAGCAGGUAACAUGUCUCAAGCCCAACCUGCGCCGUCCGAGGUCAACAUUCUCAAACAGAACGCCGCCAACUCCAAAGGCGCAGGCGGUAGUGACGUCGAGACCGUAUGGCCCAAGCCCAAAUUUGAUGGCAAUACUGCGUUGAAUGAUACCGGUACGGGUUUUGGAGAGUAUGUCGUACCCGCAGGGAGCAUGUUUACCUUGGGCGCUGCUAUGCCAAAUCAUACAGUCCUCAAAUGGGGCGCAUACUUUCCGCCUGGGACUAUGUUUCCUGAUGGUGUCCUCGUCCCGAUCCAUGCUCGUAUGGUCUCUGUCCAGCCUUUCUAG